ACAUCCACCCGCGCGGGAACGCACCACCUGAGUGCCCGCUCCCGCCGACAGCGCUCGCUGCGUUGCUCGGCUCAGACGCGGCGUUCCUCCCGGCUCCAGCUUCCCCUCCCGCGAGCUGGUCGCCGCGCGCAGACUCGGUCUCAAUGUGUGUACAGGCCUGAAUCACAUCCGAUUGUCUUAAAAACUGAAAAUCUCCAUCCUUGAGAUUUGGGAGAAUCCUCUUCUCAUUCUCAUUCAGCUCUUCCCAAAGACGCCAAAUGACUUCUCCAUGCUCAUUCUCCCAAAACCCCACAAUCCCCCCAAUAAUUCACGAGACCCAAGGCUCCAGUGUUUCACCUCCUCUACCCCCGAGUCCACUGGACUUAGCUUUGCCAUCCCCUCCCUGUAGUCUCCAGGCUUCUGUCCCACCCCCACCCCCACCCCCACCCCCUCCACCCUCUGCUGUGGAGGCUAUUCCUCAUGUCUACGGCCUGGAGAACAGCCGGCUUCUGAAGGAGGCCUUGGAGAAGGCUGGCCCAGUCCCCAAAGGCAGAGAAGAUGUGAAGAGGCUCCUGAAGCUGCACAAGGACCGGUUUCGGAGUGACUUGCAGUGGAUCCUCUUUUGUGCUGACCUGCCAUCACUCAUCCAAGAAGGCCCUCAGUGUGGACUGGUGGCCUUGUGGAUGGCAGGAGCUCUCCUGUCAACCCCUGGCAGCGUCUCUCUGGAAAGGCUGGUGCAGGUGGCUGUGGAGAGAGGAUACACAGCACAGGGAGAGAUGUUCUCUGUGGCUGACAUGGCCAAACUGGCCCAGGAGACUUUGGGCUGCCAGGCUGAGCUCCUCUGUGGUGGCUUGGGUGGUCCCAACAGAGAUCGGGUCCUACAGCACCUCAUCAGUGGACAUCCCCUGCUUAUCCCCUAUGAUGAGGAUUUCAACCAUGAGCCAUGUCAAAAGAAAGGCCAUAAGGCCCACUGGGCAGUGAGCGCAGGGGUCCUGAUGGGAGUGCAGAGGGUGCCAAGCCCUGGCUACAUUGAAGACUCUGAGCUGCCAGGCCUCUUCCACCCAGUGCCGGAUGCAUGCCACCAACCACCAUCCUUCCCAGAAGAAAGCUCCCCAGGUGCCGUCUUCCUUCUCUCUAAGCAGGGCAAGAGUUGGCAUUACCAGCUGUGGGACUACAGCCAAGUCCGGGAUAGCAACCUGCAGCUGACAGACUUCUCACCUGCAAGGGCCACUGAUGGACGGGUGUACGUGGUGCCUGCUGGUGGGGUGCAGGCUGGCCUCUGUGGCCAGGCCCUACUGCUCAGACCACAGAAGUGGAGCCAUUAGCUGGGAUCCAGGCACCUGCCUUGAACUUAUCUCCAUCACCAUUAGAGUGCCUCAGCUUCAUUCCCUUGUGUGACACUUUGAGUCCAACCUGCACCUUGAGGCCUCCUGCCUACAAAGCUUUCACGGGAUCACCCACCUAUGAUGUCAGAAGCACCAUCCAAAGUCUAAUUACUUCCGAAGUCAAACAUUCCUUUGUUUAAGGGAGACUUGGCUUUGUGGAGGAUAUUUAUUUAUUAUUUAUACACCAUGUGUGCCUGCGCACCAGAAGGCACCAGACUGCACUAUAGAUGGUUGUGAGCCACUUGUGGUUGCUGGGAAUUGAACUUAGGACCUUUGGAGGAACAGCCAUUGCUCUUAAUCUCUGAGCUAUCUCUCCAGCCCAGAUUUUUGUUUUUGAAAGCAUGAUCUCUGCCUUGGGGGGGGGGGUGGUACUUGCUUCUAGACCCAGCACUCAGAAGGAAGAACAGGUUCUUAACCUGUGGGUCGUAGCCGUUUUAGGGGGUACGGGGAACUACCGUUUCAUAGAGAUUGCCUAAGACCAUCAGAAAAAACAAAACAGACACUUCCUUUACAACUCAUAACAGCAGCGAAAUUAGUUACAAAGUAGUAACAAAAAUUUUAUGACUGGGGGUCACCAUAAACAUGAACUGUAUUAAAGGGUCACAACAUUAGGAAGGUUACGAACCACCGAGGUAGAGGUAAGCAGAUCUCUGAUCUACAUGGUGAGCUCUGGGCCAACCAGGGCUACAAAGUGAGACUGUCUCAAAAGCUUCCUAUGUGCUGGGAUUAAAGGCAUGUUCCUCCAUGCCCAGCCUAGAGGAAGGCUCGAUCGUGUCUCAGACCCUGGUCGCAGCCCUCCCACCUGAACGUGACAUCAAUUGGUCUUUCUUCAUGGGCAACUUUUAAGAUUCAAUUCACCAAACUUCUUCAGGAGCCUGGAUCCCCUGCCUGUCCCAUCCCUAAGUUUGCUCACUGGGCAGGAAUUAACCUGGCUCCCUUCUUGAUGGGCUCACGGAUCUGUCAGCUGUGAUGGCCUUUCAGAUACGCAUACUAAGUGCCAGCAUCAGCACUGAGCCGAAUCAUGCUCCUUGAGCUGGCAAGAUGGCUUAGUGUGUAAAGGUGCUGUGGAGACUGAUGACCCAGCACCCAUGUGGUAGAGCAAGAACUGACUCCAUGAGUUAUCCCUCACCUUCACUUGCUUGAUAUGAUGCAGAAAUCCAAAUGAAUAAAAUUUUUGAAGCUUA